AUGAAAAGUCUGGAAAAAGAUGAACUUUGCUUUCCUCAUCUCCUCAACACCUCCUGCAGGAAGGCUAUGCGUCCUCACUUUGCAUCUAUGCUCACUUACAUUUUAUUAUCCUCCAUCUCUCUGCUCACUGUGACUCUCAACCUGCUGGUCAUCAUCUCCAUCCACCACUUCAAGCAGCUCCACACCCCCACCAACCUCCUCCUGCUCUCUCUGGCCGUAUCAGACUUCUUCGUCGGCCUCCUCAUGGUCUUUCAAAUAAUGCUUAUAGAUGGCUGCUGGUUUCUAGGUGACCUCAUGUGUACGCUUUAUAUUGUUUUGGACUAUAUUGUUGUUUCUUCCUCAGUAGGAACCAUGGUUCUCAUAUCAGUUGACCGAUAUGUGGCUAUUUGUGAGCCUCUUCAUUAUACCAACAAAGUCACACAAAAAAGAGUUAAGAUCUGUGUUUGUCUGUGUUGGACAUGUUCUGCUUUCGUUCUGAUUCUGAUGCUACAAGAUCACCUGAAAAGAACAGACGAUAUUUCCUGCAUUGGAGAGUGUGUCAUUGUAGUUAGCUACGUUGCUGAACUUGCACAGUUUUUUUUGAUUUUUAUUGGUCCCGUCACUGUCAUCAUAGUUUUGUACAUGAGAGUCUUUGUGGUGGCUGUGACUCAGGCUCGUGCCAUGAGGCCUCAUGUUGCAGCUUUACCUCUCAAGUUUUCAAUGACCAUAACGGCUAAAAAAUCUGAAAUGAAAGCUGCCAGGACUCUUGGUGUAGUUAUUGUCGUCUUUCUAUUGUGCGUCUGCCCAUAUUAUUGUUUCGCCCUCUCAGGCCAGGACAACUUGGUCAAUUUCUCGUCUGUUAACAUUCUAAUAUGUGUGUUUUAUUUCAACUCGUGUCUCAACCCUCUGAUCUAUGCCUUUUUUUACCCCUGGUUUAGAAAAUCUAUAAAGCUCAUUGUUACUCUUAAGAUACUGCAGCCCGGCUCAUGUGAGAGAAACCUCCUGUAG